GAAAUAUAAGAAAGUUUGUUAACUUUCGCACAGUUGAAAACCAAGCCAGCGAAUUACGACGCCAUAAACCAGCAGCAGACCAGAAAAAAAGGGAGGGCUCCAAUGGAAAUUGAUAAACCCACAACAAUUAUAUGCACAGUGGUGGCAGUUGAUCACGCCAAUAGUAUCUAUUACAGAGUUUGCUCUGUCUGCGAAAAAACUCUCCCCGAAAACCCCACAAUUCCUUGCAAAUUCUGCAACUUCAACAAUAGAUUCAAUCCCAGCACUUCCGGCUCCAAACGCCUCUUUCGUGUUCUUAUAUCUAUAGCUACAGAUACAAAGGUGUUUGUGGUGAUAAUGUUUGAUAGGGCUGCCAAAGUGUUGUUUGGUUGCUCCGCCGAUGAGUUCUUUGACUUUGCCAAGACUCAUCCUUAUGCUGCAAUGGCAGCUGGUAGGGCAUUGGAGGGAGAGAUGUUGAAUGUGACAAUAUCAAAACCCAAAAAUGGCAAUGCUCAGCAUAUGCGAGUGGUUUCAGUUGUGCCGCUGCGGUCUGGUUUUCAGCCUGCUAUCGAGACCUUGAGAGAAUUGUAUCGAGUAAGAGGGCCUUCAUAACAAUCUUAAUCUUGCUCGAUUUAUUUAUGAAUGCAGUUGCUAAUAUAUCAAUAGCUUAUAGUCAUAGCAGAAACGAUCCAGGGAACGAUUAGCAAGUCUCGAUAACUUAUAUUACAACUCUUGAAUUAUUUAUUGCAUUUUCUAGAAUUUUCUUCUCAUUGAUGUUGCU